AUCCUUUAAAAAGAAGAACGGAGGUUAUCCACGUCAGUGUGGUUCAUCACAUGGCUAUUUGAAAAUCAAGGUUUGGCAAGAAAUGUCCGCCCACACAUCCGCUUCAGUCUGUUCCGAUGGCAAUCUUAACUGUCAGGACUGUCAGUCUUGCAUACAAAUGGAGGCCAAGACUGUCAUCAGAUAAUUGGAGCUGCAGCCUCCAAGACUUGCUGAAGACUUUUGAGAAACCCAAGCCAGUCAUAUGAGAUGUGAAUUAGCUAAAUGAAAAAUUAGAAACUUGAGUAACGGCAUCAUUACAGAGGACUGACCAGCACCACCCUCUCUCACAUAACCUUUGAGGUUUGAGUGCUCCUCUUUCAGUCUGAUUUUGCUCCUCUGCCUCACACACCUUCAUCUACCAGCUCUGCUCUCCAGCCCAGGCAGAGUGGACCUGUCCCUCUCCCCAGGCCUCGCGCACUCCCAUCGACGGCCCGCUCUGGCGGUGUGUUGGUGUACGAUGGUGCGGUGGGACACUGAGGGCUGCCGCGGGGGACUGUGAUGUCAGAGACCAACAGCCCGGGCGAGAGCCGGCGUGGCGCUCCCAGAUUCUUCGUGGGCUGCGAGGAGGAUGAGAGCGAGGUCCUGGAAGAUAGCAUGAGGACAGACAUGGAGCUGUAUGAGGACGACGAAGACGCAGACUCGCCCCCGGAGCGACAGAUUGUUGUAGGGAUCUGCUGCAUGAUGAAGAAGUCCAAGUCUAAGCCAAUGACCCAGAUCCUGGAGAGGCUGUGUAAGUUCGAGUACAUCACUGUGGUCAUCUUCCCCGAGGACGCCAUCCUCAAUGAGACCGUGGACAAAUGGCCUCUCUGUGACUGCCUCAUCUCCUUCCACUCCAAGGGAUUCCCGCUGGACAAGGCGGUGAGCUAUGCCAAACUGAGAAACCCUAUGCUCCUCAAUGACCUGAACAUGCAGUACUACAUACAGGACAGGAGAGAAGUGUAUCGCAUCCUGCAGGAGGAAGGGAUUGAUCUACCGCGCUAUGCUGUGCUGAACCGUGACCCAGAUAAACCAGAUGAGUGUAACCUGGUGGAAGGAGAGGACCACGUGGAGGUGAACGGAGAGAUAUUCCAAAAGCCUUUUGUUGAGAAGCCUGUCUGCGCUGAGGACCACAACGUCUACAUCUACUACCCCACCUCUGCUGGCGGUGGCAGCCAGCGACUUUUCAGAAAGAUCGGGAGCCGGAGCAGUGUGUACUCACCAGAGAGCAGCGUGAGGAAGACGGGCUCUUACAUCUAUGAAGAGUUCAUGCCAACAGAUGGCACCGAUGUUAAGGUGUACACUGUGGGCCCUGACUACGCUCAUGCUGAGGCUCGGAAGUCCCCUGCUCUGGACGGGAAGGUGGAGAGAGACAGCGAGGGGAAGGAGGUCCGCUACCCCGUCAUGCUCUCAGCCAUGGAGAAACUGGUGGCCCGGAAGGUCUGCCUAGCAUUCAAGCAAACCGUGUGUGGCUUCGAUCUUCUCCGAGCCAAUGGACACUCCUAUGUGUGUGAUGUCAAUGGUUUCAGUUUUGUGAAGAACUCAAUGAAGUACUAUGACGACUGCGCCAAGAUCCUCGGGAACAUCGUGAUGCGUGAGCUGGCUCCUCAGUUUCAGAUUCCUUGGUCCAUCCCUACUGAGGCAGAGGACAUCCCUAUUGUUCCCACUACGUCAGGGACCAUGAUGGAGCUACGCUGUGUCAUCGCUGUCAUCCGACACGGAGACAGAACGCCCAAACAGAAGAUGAAGAUGGAAGUUCGCAACCCCAUGUUCUUUGAUCUAUUUGAAAAAUAUGGAGGAUACAAAACUGGGAAAUUAAAGCUGAAGAAGCCAAAACAACUGCAGGAGGUGCUGGACAUCACACGCCAGUUGUUAGCAGAACUGGGACAGCACAAUGACUGCGAGAUAGAAGAGAAGAAGUCCAAACUGGAGCAGCUGAAGACUGUUCUGGAAAUGUAUGGCCAUUUCUCGGGGAUCAACAGAAAAGUGCAACUAACUUACCUGCCCCAUGGGCAGCCUAAAACCUCAAGUGAGGAAGAAGACACGCGUAAGGAAGGUCCAUCUCUGCUGCUGGUGCUGAAGUGGGGAGGAGAGCUGACUCCUGCUGGCAGAGUUCAGGCUGAGGAGCUGGGAAGGGCUUUCCGCUGUAUGUACCCCGGAGGUCAAGGAGACUAUGCUGGAUUUCCAGGCUGUGGGUUACUGCGGUUACAUAGCACCUACAGGCACGACCUGAAGAUAUAUGCGUCCGAUGAAGGCCGGGUGCAGAUGACGGCAGCAGCUUUUGCAAAGGGUUUGCUGGCUCUGGAGGGUGAGCUGACACCCAUCCUGGUGCAGAUGGUGAAGAGCGCCAACAUGAACGGACUGCUGGACAACGACAGCGACUCGCUGAGCAGCUGCCAGCACCGCGUCAAGGCCCGACUCCACGAGAUUCUGCAGAAGGACAGGGACUUCAACGACGAGGAUUUCGACAGGCUGGCCCCGACCUCUAGUGACUCUUUGGUGAAUUCAAUGAAGAUAGUUGAGAACCCAGUGGCCACAUGUGACCAGGUCUACGCCCUCAUUCAGAGCCUCACCUCCCAGAUCCGCAAGAGGAUGGAAGACCCCAAGUCAGCUGACCUGCAGCUGUACCACAGUGAGACACUGGAGCUAAUGCUGCAGCGCUGGUCCAAACUCGAGAGAGACUUCCGCAUGAAGAACGGCCGCUACGACAUCAGUAAAAUACCUGACAUAUACGACUGUGUGAAGUACGAUGUCAUCCAUAACUCUACUCUGGGCCUGGAGGACACACUGGAGCUGUUCAGACUGUCCCGAGCUUUGGCCGACAUCGUCAUCCCACAGGAAUAUGGCAUAAAUAGAGUGGAGAAAUUGGACAUAGCAUACACCCACUGCCUCCCACUGGUCAGAAAGAUCCAGCUUGACCUGCAGAGGACCCACGAGGACGAGUCUGUCAACAAACUGCACCCUCUGUACUCUCGCGGAGUGAUGUCUCCUGGGCGCCAUGUCAGGACACGUUUAUAUUUCACGAGUGAGAGUCACGUCCACUCCCUGCUCAGCAUUUUCCGCUAUGGAGGCUUGCUCGAUGAGGAGAAGGACCAGCAGUGGAAGCGUGCCAUGGAUUACCUCAGUGCUGUCUCUGAACUCAACUACAUGACUCAGAUUGUCAUCAUGCUGUAUGAGGACAACAAUAAGGACCUGGCCUCUGAGGAACGCUUCCACGUAGAGCUUCACUUCAGCCCUGGUGUCAAAGGCGUUGAGGAGGAAGAGAACGCACCAACCGGCUUUGGCUUCAGGCCCGCUUCUGCAGAGGUAGCACGGCAGAACGGGCAGAAACAGACCGACCCCGGCAGCAUGGAGGACCUCUCACGAGAUGAGACCGACCGCGCCGUGCCGCUGUCUGAGCCAAUCACCAUUCAGAGGAGGUCCCCGCUCAUACGCAACCAUAAGACUGGAUCCAUGGAGGUUUUGUCAGAGACAUCAUCCUCCAAAGUAGGCAGUUAUCGCCUCUUCUCGUUAUGCUCACGUCAAUCCCCCGAGAUGAAACAAAGUGGAUUAGGCUCUCAGUGCGCCGGGCUCUUCAGCACCACUGUCCUAGGUGGGUCCUCUAGCGCCCCUAACCUGCAGGACUACGCACGCGCACAUCGCAAAAAAUUCUCCACCGGCAGUCUGUCCUACAAAGACGAGUUGUUGUCUAUGCCGGCAGUAAAACGAUUUUCUGUGUCGUUUGCAAAGUAUCCGACUAAUGGAACAAAAGAUGACACAUCCGCCAUAGCAGUGGCUCCACCUGUCUGGUGCACUGCAAAAGAGCCCUUGGAAGAGCACCGUGUGGCCCAGUUGUUGAGGCAUUUCUCCACCGACCUCAGUCUGGGCUGCCACCUCUCUCUGGACGGGGCGCUGGCCCACCACCUACACCAGUGCUCCUACCACCUCCGCCUCUUCCGAAACUGGCUCAUCUCCGGCCAAGAACCCCUAGAGUACCUCCACGGCUUCGAAGGCUGCUCCAUGGUGCCCUCCAUCUAUCCGCUGGAAACGCUGCAUAACUCGCUGUCACUCAAACAGGUCAACGAGUUCCUCACCGGUGUGUGUGAGAGCGCAGGGGAUCCACACACGAGGACCACCAGAGCUCUGUCAGCCAUGUUUGACACACACAACCAGCCGUCAGUGGACUCGUACAUACCUCAGAGAGUCUCUUCCUCCAUCGCUCUCAGAUCUCGUUCUGACAGGCCUCCUUGGUACAGCAGCGGUCCAUCCAGCACAGUAUCCAGCGCUGGGCCGUCUUCUCCCACCACAGCUGACACUUCCCCACGCUUCAGUUUCAGUGAUAAGAUCUGCCUCACCCCUCAGAGCAGCGAGGAAACUCACUCCUCUCAAAACAUUUCCACUCAGCUGGUGCCCGCCUUCGUGUCACAAGGCCUUGACCCAACCUCCAUCCUCGCCGAAGUCCCUCUGACGCCUAAUAACUCACCGGAAGAAGAUGCUGAGCUCUGCGCUGCUACGAGUCACCAGCCUGAUGAUCCUGAGCACGCACAGCAAGGGCCAGAGGUGGCUUCUGCAGCCGUGGAUAUUUCACCGCCCUGCUCUGCGUUAGCGGAGCUCGCUCUGGCUCGGAUGGAGGGCUACUGCCUCCCAGGCUCUCUGCCCGUGCUGCUGGAGCUCCGAGAGAGCAGCAGUGAGGCGGGCUCCAGCUCCCAGACGCCCCUGUCUCCGGAGGGGCCAGACGAGUUCUUUGACACUCAGGAGUCGAUGGAGUUGUGGAUGGACAGUCCAGAAAGCAUCCCCCACCCUGAGACGCCUCUAGAGGUCGUAGCCACUCACCCAGUGGAGCCGUAGAGCGCGGCGACCUUCAGAACAACAGAUCUGUCACAAACUACUGUAACUGUAACUCACCCUUGUUGUCGAUCAUGAGCAGUGAGGCAUUGUACUGUUACAGCUGCCCGGCUCCUCUCGCUCGACGACGACUGUGUGUUGAGUAAUAAUGAAUGGGCAGCUGAUCCUCACACUAGGCUCUGUGUCGGAGAAUCAUAUGACAAUGCCAUACGUGCUGUUCAUUGCCUUUUAGAAAGCACACUAGGGGCGCGCCAGUGACUCCACCGAGCCUCCUCUGACAGUCCACUGGUUCAUCUGUCUGUAAAGAUGUAGGGCGCCGCUUUAUUGUCAAACUCUCUGUUACUGCCGCUUAUAUUCUGUUACACAAUCCCUUUUCGUAAAGCUGCAUUAAUCAUUUUUUUAUCCACUAGCAGGACGAGACGUCACCUUAUAAAGUUAUGUUAUAGCAAAGUGUUACAAAUCCAGCAGACGCAGAACUAACAUGAUCAUGCCAUUGGAGUCCUGUUUCUCCACAUGAUGAAUUGAAGUCCACUAUUCUCCUUUAAGCUCUGAUUUGCUCUCCACAAACUCCUGAGCGCUAAUCGUACAGGAAAUGUGCUGUUCAAGUAAAUUGAGCUUAAAGAAAAAGAGUUUUCACAUUUUAUGUGUUCAAUUGAUUCAUAGUGACCAAGAAGAUAUUGAUUAAUGGAUUUUUAAAUUGUGUAAAAUCUGUCUUGCGUCUUUCUUACCUUUAGCCUUUACCCUUGCAGUCGUGAAGUUUUCACAUUACCAGCUUUCAUAACAUCCAUCACAAUCCGGUGACGGGUAUCAGGGUACGUGUCGUGGCAUUGGGGCAAGUUUCCUUCGUUUGUUCUGGGAUACAGUGACUUACAGACUUACUCUUAUGAGAAACGCAGGAAAUGACUCGCCGUACAAAUACAAUCUAUUGCUCUUCUGCUCUUCGUCAUACGCCAGCGUUCGUUCUGUGCUGAGCUUCUGUGGCGCUUCAUGUUUAGUACCUGCAUCUGUGAUUU